AUGUCUCAACAGGUUGAGGCAACGGCUGUUCGGGUGGCCCGUCGAAAUGCCUCAGAGCGAAGAUCUGUGGCUGAGUUCCUGGCAGCCGACGCAGCUGAUGGUCUCGCGCAGGUGGCAACUGUUGUGCCUCCUGAGGAUGCUGUUGCUAUCCUUGAUCCGCCACGGCAGGGACUGACUGUGGAGGCCCGUAAGGCGUUGGCUUCCUGGAGUCCAAGACGGGUGAUUUACGUGUCCUGCGAUUGCGCAACUCAAGCUCGAGACCUCAAGGACUUGACUGAUGCGGGCUACACCUUGAAAUCCGCAACUCCAUUCGAUUUGUUUCCUCAGACACGGCACCUGGAGGUGGUGGUCACACUUGAGCGUGAUUUGGGCCCUGGCAUCUGA